CAUUCAAAGUUAAUGGAUACUGAAGGCCGAUUUUUUGUUUAUAAAAAAUCAAGGUUGUAAACUAAUACUCUGAUUAAGCUAAUUUAUUUCAAAAAAAACUCUGAUUAAGCUAAUACAGUCAAAUCGCUUGUCGCAUUUUGUUUAAUUUUACGUGAUACGUCAAAAACACCAAAAUAUACAAAUUGACAGACGCAAUUGUUGAGUUCAGAAAGAAACCCUAAGCUUCUUUAGACAGACUAAGAAGGAUGAAGAUAGCAGUGGAAGGAUGCAUGCAUGGUGACCUCGACAACGUCUACAAAACCAUUGCCGAUUUACAGAGAGAAGAAAACACCAAAAUUGACCUUCUCAUUUGCUGCGGCGACUUUCAGGCUGUUAGAAACAAAAAGGAUCUUGAAAGUUUAAAUGUUAAACCUAAAUAUAGGCAAAUGAACACUUUCUGGAAAUACUACUCUGGAGAAGAAGUAGCUCCUGUGCCUACUAUUUUUAUUGGUGGAAAUCAUGAAGCUUCCAAUUACCUCUGGGAACUGUACUACGGUGGAUGGGCUGCACCUAACAUAUUCUUCUUGGGUUUUGCUGGAGUUAUCAAGUUUGGCAACAUUCGAAUUGGUGGAUUGUCAGGAAUAUAUAAUUUCCGCCAUUAUAAAUUAGGGCAUUUUGAAAGACCUCCAUACAAUGAGAGUGAUAUCCGAUCUAUCUACCAUGUUCGUGAAUAUGAUGUUCACAAGCUUAUGCAAGUUCAGGAGCCAAUUGAUAUAUUUCUUUCACAUGAUUGGCCAGUUGGUAUUACUGAUUGUGGAAAUUGGAGGGAACUUGUCCGGAAGAAGCCUUUUUUUGAAAAAGAGCUUUGUAAGCAAUCAACAUGUCAGAUUCAGGAGCGAACUCUUGGUAGUAAGCCUGCAGCUAAGCUGCUGGAGAAGUUAAAACCUUCUUAUUGGUUUUCGGCUCACCUGCACUGCAAAUUUUCUGCCCUUGUCCAGCAUGGUGAAGGGGGUUCUAUGACAAAAUUUCUUGCACUUGACAAGUGCUUGCCUAAUCGCAAAUUUUUACAGAUUAUUGAAAUUGAAUCAGACCCUGGACCGCUCGAAAUAUGUUAUGAUGAAGAGUGGCUUGCAAUUACCAGGACAUUCAAUGAAGCCUUCCCCAUCACAGCAAGGCCUGCUGAUUUCCAGAGUGUGCAAGUUGACACAGAAGGUUCACGUCAGUGGGUCAGGAGUAAGCUAAACUCAAACACAAGAGGGGUUAAACCCUUUGAGUUUACACGAACAGCUCCAUGCCAUGAUCCCUCUCAAUCUGUAUUUAACGGUUCCUCAGCAGAACAUUAUCGAAAUCCUCAGACAGAGGCACUCUUGAAGUUACUUGAGCUACCAUAUCUUCUUGACAACUCUAUUGCUUCCCGUGAGAUGAGUAGUUACUCUCCUUCAAUAUCCAAAGGCGCUUAUUCUAUUGAUGAUGAAGAUAUUCCUAUUGAUGAUGUGGAUGAAUUAGAGGAGUUGGCUGGUGCUGCUGAUGAAGAAUAAGUGUUUCAAAAGACAUGAAGGCGAGUAAGAAUCCAAUAUGCUUGUAAUUAGGUGCUUAUGAACUCAACUUAGCUCUUUAUUUUCAAGCAAUGAUUUGAGCAUGUCAAAUGGAAGUGAGAUUUUCUCUCUUGGAGAAACAUGUUUCUGACUCACAUGUGGAUCAUCAAGUAAUUGCCUGCAAUACAUUAGCAUUAGAAGUCUAGGUGAUUAUAUCUUAGUAACAAGUUGGCUAAUCUUGAUUUCAUCUUGUUUAUUUUGCUUUCCCCGUCACUCAACUAUGUAACCUAACGAUUACCGAAGACACUUGUCCUAUAUUAAUUUAUAGUGGUGAAGUUAAUUUAGUCAAAAAAAUGUUUAUAGUGGUGCUCACUGAGAAAUUGAUUUUGUCAUCAUGCUUACGACUUUUAAUAUACAUCUUGGCCAACCUAAAUAUUUUCUUAUCCUGCUUUGUGUUAAUCGUGUAUGAUUAUAUGGCUGUUCUGAUAAAUUAAUUUGUGAUAUCUUUGAAAGUCCAAGCUUUAAUCAAAUGCUAUUUUGACAUACAAGUACUUGAAGAAUAAAGAUUAAGCUCGUAGUUAAUCCCUUUUUUUUAUUGUUUAACAUGCUAGAUAUCUAAUAGCAACUCAUCUAGCUGCCCCAUUCUUUAACUUUUUUGGUAUAGAUGGUGGAAAGUGGAAACUCAGGAAGUCAGGAGUUACUAUGAUGUUAAUUCUCAUUUAUUUGUUCUGUUAUUCUAAUUUAGUCCUCUUUUUUUUU